AUGAGAGCCACACACGGCAUCUUUGCUGCCUUGUCGGCCGGCCUCUCAUUAUCAUCCGCAGCCGCUUGUUCAAAGCAAGGUCUUCUUCUUGUGUCUUCAUACCCGUUUGAGUCUUCCCCAGGAGAGAUUGUCAAGGGAGGAGUUACGACAUUGAAGCUGGGAAACAAGGGCCUAGAGCAGGUCGGCGAAAUCUCGUCCAUCUGCGGUACUAACCCUUCAUGGCAAACACUCGUUGGAGGCGAUCAAUAUUAUUGCAUCAAUGAGAACUUCGACGACGGCCCUGGCGCUUUUACCUCAGCUAAGGUGAAUACGGACGGCACUCUCGCUUUUGUGGGAAACAGUUCUACGCCUGGAGGCCCAGUGCAUAUUGCUCUCUUUGGUGAGAAUGGGGAGAGAGCUAUCACCUCCAACUUUGCAUCAUCCUCUCUCGAUGUCUUCAACAUUGAGGACCCAGCCAAGCUGCAAUCCUUGGACAACAAACCUUUUCCCCCACGGGCCGACAACGAAACCAUCACUUCCAGGCCUCACCAAGCAGUUGUUGAUCCCACUGGUGGAUUCGUUGUCAUCCCCGAUCUCUCCGUCGACGUCCUCCAUAUCUUCAGCAUCGACCAAACUGCGCUGACACUCACAGAGCUGCCGGCACACCCCUUCGGGAACGGAACCGGGCCUCGUCACGCUGCCUUCCUCAAGUCAGGCGACAAGACCUUCCUCUACGUCAUCGCCGAAAAGAAGGUCUCCAUCCUCGGGUUCGAAGUCUCUUACGGCACCAACAGCUUGACAUUGUCGGAGCCACGACAUACACAGCCUAACAACAAAUUCCUCACCGUCUCAACCCGCAACGAGACCACGCUAGAAUACACCUCCGUUGCCGACGGCACAAAGAUCCCGUCUGACGCCCUGAACACCUUUUCCAUCGACCCUGCCACUGGGGAGUUGACCCAUGUCCAGAGUGCCCCGGCCGGUGGCUCGUUCCCGAGACAUUUCAGCUUCAACAAGGACGGGAGUCUGGUUGCUGUUGCUUGCGGGGGGGAGAAUAGGGUUAAUGUCUUUGAGAGGGAUGUUGGGACGGGGAUGAUUGGGAAGGCGGUGGGGGAGAGGGUUUUGACGACGCAGGUUAAUCAUGUUAUUUUCAAAGAGUAA